AUGGAGGCACUCGCAUCAGGGAAAAAAGAACGUCGCAGCAGACGUCGUGCGCAAGAACGGAAGAGCUACUCCGUCCGCGAGUCCUCUGCAUUGAUAUCGAGCAAUACAACAGCCGCAUCAAGCGCGUGGCUUAGAAAAACGAGUCCUCGGGGUCUGCGUUUGCGAGCACGCCAUUUAGCAGAGAUCGCCAAGCAACGCGGAAUAUUUGUGCCACCACUAGAUGACGUGCCAUCGGUAGAUGAUGUGCCACCCGUUUCCGCAGAUGAGGACUCAACCAGACAGUCGGAGCGGCAAAGACAUCAACAUCUGAGGAAGGGUCAUGGCUAUCAGCAGGACGUGACGGAAACGAGGAAGGACCAGAAUCGCGAUGAGGAUGUUGGCUUGACAGGUGAUAAUGCGGUAUUGAUUGGUACCACUGCAGGAGCCGGAAAAAGUGAACACCACAGCAAACCAACUACUCACCCAAUGCAGAACUUCCGUGACAGUUGUCGUGGUAACACAACGAACAUUAAGAAACGACGACGGCGACGGGAAAGGGACCUCUUUAUAGCAGAAAUUCUUCAUCUGGAACGCCUUCUAGGACUUGAGAAACCAAACGCAGAGGAGCCACCAUUGUCAGAGUCUGAAUUCUCUUCAGGUGAGUCAAGGGAAGAGGUGGAAGAAUUCUAUGGACUUCGUCCAUGCUGUAGUGAGCUAACUUAGAGAUGAACUAACUUAGAGAUUUUCUCUUGAUAACUUAGAGAUUUUCUCUUGAUUUUGACGCCUACACGAAGGGGACGAUGAUAGUUGUUCGUGCAGUAGCUCGAAGUCGUGGGUGCUCACGCUAUCUCGAGCGUGGCGCUAUGAUGAGCAAGAAAAACUCACCCUGAGGCAGAUAGCGACAUCUUCAAUAACUUUAUGGCUGCUUGGGUGAGCCCAUUCUUCUAUUAGAUGCGUUUUUGUAGGGGAAAACGAGAUUGUUGAGAGGAGCGCGAAAGAGGCCCUUCUUGACAGUGACUAGCAGUGC